AUGAAAACCGGAAGUAUUUUUAAUCCCAGAAGUGUUCUUGAUCUGACUUACAAAAUAACAGCAAUGGAUGCCUUCUAAAAUUUCUUAUUUACUGGAGACGAAAAAGGAAACAUUUACAGGUAUAAUUUGACUCUGGAAUCAGUAAAUGUAUUGGCACCUAAUUCAAUUCAAUAACAAUAAUUCACUAAAGCAAAGAUUGAUCAAAUUAAAAUCUUCCCUCAUGCAAAUGCCAAUCUUUUAGUCUUAUCAGAUUAGGCUCUCUAUUGUAUAGAAGCAGCAACAUUAAGAGGGGAGGUGAUAUAUAAGGAGAAGGUAGCCAUUUUUGCAUUAAAUGAAUUCUCAAAAAGUAAUUAAUUGGAACUAGUUAUGAUCACUAAAAAGAAAGAAGGAUAUAUUAUGCAAUACAAUUUAAAGACAGGAAAAUUUGAAUAAAUGAGAGAAAAGUUCAUUCUAUCUGACAUUCCAAUUACAGUUGCUUUCAUAGGUAAUUUGUUUUUCUUUGGAAUUCAGAAGAAAAAUUACUCAGUCAUAAAUCUAGAUGACAAGUAAUUGUAAGUAGCUAAUUUAUUAAUGGACAUUGGUUCUAAUCCAUAUUUAAAAGCAACAGACAACGAUGAAAUCCUUAUUAUUACUACAAACAAUGUUGGCAUUUUUAUAGGUAAAGAUGGUUAAAUGAAAUAAAAAAGUACUAUCUUAAUUCAGAAUAAAACUAUAUCACUUAUCACAACAUUUAAGCAAUACCUAAUAGUGAUCUUUGAUAACUUGUUACAAGUAUUUAAUUUGAGUGACUCCAAACAUAUGAGUGAUAUUCAAUUAUCAUAGGCUGCCAGAUGUAUCACUUAGACAUCAAACCAUCUAUUCUAUGGUAGUGCUGCUGAAAUAAUUUAUUUGUAUCAAACUCCUGCUGAAUAAUAAAUAUCUGAGUUACUAAAAAAUGGAAGAGUUGAAGAUGCUCUAUAAGUCUAUUCAUAAAAUAAUCAAGCUGCUGAUCCUUCAAAAAAUUAACAAUUGGAACAAUUGAAAUUGGAUUGUGGAUGGUCAUUAGUUAGACAAAUGCAAUUUUCAAAUUCUCUCAAUUACAUUUUAUAAACUAACUUCGAACCUAGAGAUUUCAUUUGUUUGUUUCCUGACUAUUAUCCUGCAGCUGAAAAGUUAUAAUCAGUGAAUCCAAAUCCAUCAUUACAAACCAUCUCAUUAAUUAUAAAUAAAUUUGUAUAGGAAUCCAGAGGAGAUCCAACACAAAUUCAAGAACUCAAAUUUCAAGCUAAAGAGUUUUUAGUUGAAAUUUUGGAAAAAAAGAGAGCUGUUCUAACUUCACCUUAAUAUGCGUACUCUAUGAAGGAUAAGCUUAACUUGUUGACGACAACUUUAAAUUUUAAUUAAAAUUAAUGGCAACCUAUCCCUUGUGAGUAAUUGUUGGAAUUAAUAGAUUUUGCUUUAAUUAAAUUAUACUUAGAAUCUUCUCAAUAUUUUCCAAAAUUAAAGGCAUUUUUUACUAGCAAUCAAAUCUAUUGUAUCUAAAUGUACAAUCAAUUAUAAGGAUUGUUUUAAAAUAACAGAGGAAUCGAAUAAUAAUAAGGUAUCUUAGCUAGAUUCUAUGAAUCAUUUAAUAAAAUUGAUCAGUCUCUUGAGAUUUGGAAGAAAGUUGGAAGAGAAUCAAUACAUAUACAAGAACAACAGGAAGCCUGUGAAGAAACAACAAGAAUUCUAAAGUAGAACCCAGAAAAGAAUAGGAUCUUUAAAUUUAUAGUAUGGGUCUUUAAAAAACAAUUUAAAGUUGGGGUUCAAAUAUUUCAAAUUAGUGACUAAAUUAUCACACCUGAUCAGAUGUUGAAAUUUUUAGAAGAAUAAGAAUUGGACGCUGAAUUAAAAAGGAAAUUGAAAGAAAAAUAUUUAGAAAUUUUAGUUUUAGAAAAACAAACUGAAGAAGAAAGAUUUCAUACUCAAUUAGCAUAUUCUUAUAUUGAUUCUUUGUUUUAAUAAUACCCUAAAGAAAUGGAUUUCUCAAAAAUAGAUUUAAGAAAAAACUAGGUUGUUAGUGAUUAAUAUCAAGCAUUGAAAAGGUUUUUGAAAAAUCCUAAUGCCAAAUACAACUCCUCUAGUAUUUUAGAAAAAAAAGUGAAGGAUUCUUGGAUGAUAAAUGAAGUCAUUUUAUUGUAUGGAAGGGAGAAAAAACAUGAAGAAGCACUUAAUUAACUUUUGAGUCUUGGAUUCUAUGAAUGGGCUGAAAAGUAUUGUUGUGAUUAUACUGAUAAUCUAUUGACAAAACUAUUUAAAAAAUAUAAAGAACUUUAUUUUUAUUUGGAAGGGAAAUAAAAAGAAAGACCAACAGAUUAACAAGCGUAAAAUGCAUUUAAUUAAAUUAAAACUACUAUUAACAGUUUCUUAAAAAAAUUUGCAACUCACUCUUAGCUUAAUGUUCUGGAGGUCUUAGAUCUGAUUCCUGAUAAUUGGAUACUGUCUGAUUAAAGUGAAGAUGAUGGACUGUUUUAAUUUCUGAAAAGUGUAAUAAGUAAACUUUAAGGUGAGACUUAGGUCAUACGUUACAUUAGAAAAGUGGACUUGUUGUAUGUGUAAUGUCAAGUUGCUACAACUAAAUAAUCGAAUGUGAGAAUGACAAGUGAAAAGUAAUGUUCUGUUUGCAGUAAAACAAUUGGAGAAAAAGUUUUUGUGGUAUAUCCGAAUUCUGUGUUAGCACAUCACACUUGCAUAAAAAGUAAUACGAUUUGUCCUUAAACGGGAAGAGAUUUUGAGAAAUAUUUUAAGUUCUGA